AUGGGUUCUGCCGGCGAGGCUCCGUGUAGCGACAACAACGGCAAGCUGCAGAGCCCGCUGCUGGCGUCGCUUCAGCCGUCCGCCGGCAGCGCCAGACAUGAUGGGCACGGGGCGAGCAACGAGCUGGAGAGCAUCCUCAACGACGACUCAGUUCCAUGGGUGCGGAGGAUGUGCGCAGCGACGGCGGUGGAGACGCGGAUGCUGCUGCGCCUCGCGGCGCCUGCCGUUCUAGUCUACAUGAUCAACUACCUCAUGUCCAUGUCGACGCAGAUCUUCUCUGGCCAUCUUGGCACGCUGGAGCUUGCCGCGGCAUCCCUUGGCAACACCGGCAUCCAGGUCUUUGCCUACGGCCUCAUGCUUGGCAUGGGGAGCGCGGUGGAGACGCUGUGCGGGCAGGCGUACGGCGCAAACAAGUUCGACAUGAUGGGCAUCUACAUGCAACGCUCGGCCAUACUUCUCAUGGCGACCGGCGUCCCACUCGCCGUCCUCUACAUCUUCUCCAGCCGCAUUCUUAUCCUCCUCGGCCAGUCACCCGAGAUCGCCCACGCCGCCGCCAUUUUUGUCUAUGGCCUCAUCCCGCAGAUCUUCGCUUACGCGGUCAUCUUUCCCAUCCAGAAGUUCAUGCAGGCACAGAGCAUCAUGGCGCCGAGCGCAUACAUCUCCGCCGGGACGCUUGCCGUCCACCUCGUACUCAGCUACCUCGUCGUCUACAAAUUUGGUCUGGGGCUCCUGGGCUCCUCGCUCAUGCUGAGCAUCAGCUGGUGGAUCAUCGUGGUCGCUCAUUUCGUCUACAUCGUUAAUAGCAGCCGGUGCCGGCUCACAUGGUCUGGAUUCUCCGUGCAGGCAUUCUCUGGUCUGCCUGAGUUUUUCAAGUUGUCCAUUUCAUCUGCUGUCAUGAUCUGCCUUGAGAAUUGGUACUUUCAAAUACUCGUCCUCGCUGCUGGCCUCCUCAAGGACCCCGAAAUUGCCCUCGCGUCACUCACUGUCUGCAUGACCAUUUCUGGGUGGGUGUUCAUGAUUUCAGUUGGAUGCAACGCAGCAGCCAGCGUGAGGGUGAGCAAUGAGCUUGGUGCCGGAAAUCCCAAGUCAGCGGCGUUCUCCGUGGUGGUAGUGACGAUGCUGACAUUCAUCGUAUCGGUGAUAAUCUCAAUGGUCAUUCUUUUCUUCCGUGACUACAUCAGCUACAUCUACACUGGCGGUGAGGACGUGGCAGCAGCAGUGUCCAAGCUGACCCCACUGCUGGCGCUCACCCUCAUUCUCAACGGCAUCCAACCGGUGCUGUCAGGGGUAGCGGUGGGCUGCGGAUGGCAAGCCUUCGUCGCCUACGUCAAUGUUGGCUGCUACUACAUCGUUGGCGUCCCGCUUGGCUGCCUCCUCGGCUUCUACUUUGACCUUGGCGCGGCGGGCUUAUGGAGUGGUAUGAUUGGUGGGACCCUAAUGCAGAACAUCAUAUUGAUGUGGGUUAUCUUCAGGACUGACUGGAACAAAGAGGUGGUGGCAGCGGUGGAAAGAUUGCACAAGUGGGAAGGCAAGAAACCACUAUUAGCACCGCAAGAAUGA